AUGAACGGAGCAGAACAGAUUCUCACAGACGAGGAAUGGAAGAGACUUCUGCCACAGCAUCGCUGGGACAGGACUGCGCGACCCUACAAGAGAACCUACGGUUUGCGUCUAAGCCAAGUGUGCCGGACGCGACGGCCGCACGAGUAUACGCACCCGCUGGGUGCGAUCGGCAUGGUGGUCUAUCGCGAGGAAACUCGCCCGGAGGCAUGCAACACAGAGGCAGUUGUUCAACAGACUAAAUUGUGUCCUGGCAGGCAUGAAGAAGCUUGUCGCUUCCAUCGAGAUGGCAGUGGGCGACCCGCUGGACCUUCUAAGCACAGUAAAACCGGCAGAUGCAUGUUCUGCGAUGCCACGGCACUGCGAGAAGUUCAUCGUGUCGCUCCUUCGACUAUCACGAGAGCCUUGAACAAUUUGAAGGCAAAGGCUGCGGAGGUGCACCGCCUGGCACGAACGCGCGUGCAGGAGACCCUGGAGGCAUUUUCGUCGGUUGUGAGCAUCGAAGAUCGUAUUUGUCACGUGGCGUUGUGUGACACAGAAGUACAAGAAGCUGCCAAAGCCAGAGACAACGAUGCCAAGAGGGCCCGUCGCAAGUUUCCGACGCUUUAUGAGGACGAGGGGCAACAUGGUGAUUGGCAGACCACGGCGGCAAAGACCUUCCAAAAGUGGGCCGAAGAGGCAAGUUGGACAACAUGCCCUGGAUGCAAGCGCCUGCGAACGCAGCGGUUCCCCGCAGGAAGUCGUCGCAGUAAAGCUCGCUGCAACCAUUGUGCGAAGGGCAAAGGAUAUGUCGCGCCAACCCCCGGCGACGUGCCGCUGGCACUCAGAGGCAUGUCUCGGGUCGUGCUGGAGUGUCUCCGGCCGUUUAGCAUCUCCUGCGGGCCCGGCGAACGCUCGCCCGCCGGGUAUUGGGUGCAUACUGCUCCGAUUCGAUUUCGUUGGAAGAGUGCUACACUGACAGAACGCAUUGCCGGUCUCGAGGUGGAGCGUGAACGCAAGCACGCGCAAGUCGCAAGCGAGUGGCUCCUCCAAAACGAAGAGUCGGCAUACAAAAAGUUCAAUGAGCUGCAAGAAGUGUAUGUGAUGGCUUCGCAGCAGCAGGAGGGUGCGGAAGAGACACCUUCGACAAACCUCAUGCCACUGCGGUUCAUGGAGACGGUGGGCAUCGAGUGUACCGUGCACGUCCACGUCCUUGUUUGGUUGCGAGAGGACGCGGACAAAGGAAGGUUGCCAAGCCUCAUAUCAGCGGAGCUUCCCCCAGCGGGUACGCCUCUCGGCGACCUAGUACGAGGAUCCCAGUUGGAUCGCCACGACAGCGCAUGGCCUCGACGAGAAGAAGCUUCGAUUUGGGACACCGUUUCCCAGACACUGCAGCUGAAACAUCCGCGCGAUGCUUGGGAAGCAAAGGUGAGAGCUUACAUGCCCGACGUGCUCGGGUGCUUAAGAUGCCAUAUGGAUGUUCAGGCCAGUGACGGCCGGGGCAUGAUUUUGAGAUAUGCAACCGGGUACAUCUCCAAAUUUUCGCAAUUAUGGACUCUGGAAGGGCAACUCGACAAGCGCGAUAUCGCGCACAGCAUCCUGUGGCAGUACCACCCACUUGAGAUGGAAAUGGUCCUUCAACUUGCAAGCCACAUCCUGCCGCAGUGCACUCACACAGGCCACAUUCGUCGUUUCGUGGUGCCGGUGCCGUGGAGCAGCAGCCGAUUACCUCGGGAAAUUGAACUGUACGAGAAGAGCACAUGGCGAGCAGACACUAUGCCAUUGUUGGAAUUUUUGCGUCGAAGCAAUUCCAAGGGCGAGAUUAGCGUGGACAUCCGCCGAAGAUACGAGGACGAGAAGCCGAGUUGUACGCUGAACGAGUUUGCGAACAAGUGCUCGACGCAAGGGAGCACCAUGGUUGCAACAGUUCUCUACGCCCGGAGCAACGACAACUUUUUCAAGCAAUGGAUGUUGCUGAACGUACCCUUUCGUAGCUUGAAUGAUCUCUGGCAUGCCACUGUGGAUAAAAUCCCUGAGGACCUGCAAGGCCUUGCGUUGUGUUUGCACCACUGUCCGAGAUACUGGCAGUCCAUGCCUGCCAUCCGACAAGAAAUGGAAGCAGAAGCUUGGAAAGAUUACCACAUCGAGAACGGGAUCUCCAGCGUGAAGGCGAAAACAGAGAUGAUUCAACAAGUAAGGGCUGGAAACUAUGAGCCACUGGUCGCAACUACCUGCGAGCAGCAUGUGGCCGCUCUACCCAACGAGAGCGAGUUGUCUGCCGAACAGCGACAUCUGGUGCAAGCUAUGACGGACCUUGUGAUAGCUGCCGCGGAGAAACGAUGCGGCGGGACGGUCGCAGCUGACCAGUGGAACGAGCACGUGCAACGAGGAAGCCAUGAGCGCGCCAUCGGAUGUCUCGGAGCAGCUGGCACGGGCAAAAGUGUUGCAGUCAAGACGGUCAUUAAGAAAGUGCAAGACAGGGCAAAUGUGGCCAUUGCGUGUCCAACAGGUUUGCUGGCAGCCAGUUACCGACGGUCAUUUACAGGAGCCCACAUCGAUACAGUGCACGGGUUUUUCGCACUCCAUGUCGAAGAGCAUUUGACGCUGGACUUGCUCGCAAACUAUGAUUUCGUGGUUGUGGAGGAGAUUGGCCAGUUGACAAGAACACAAUUCGAGCGAAUUAUGCGACUGUGGCUAGCAGCAGACCAGCGACCGUGUCUCGUUUUCCUUGGUGACUUCAAGCAAUUGCCCUCUAUAGACAACAGCAACGCGAGAGCCAGUCCUCUGUGCAAACAUGUUCGCUGGUGGGAAUUGCGCCAAGUGCAACGCAGCACUUGUCCGGAAUUGACUCGCAAGUUGCAACUGCUGCGAGACCGCCAGCCUACCCACUCACAGCUGCAAGCAAUAUUACGCGGACACUCCGUCAGCAAGGGUGACCGCCCAACCCGCGAAGAGGUAGCGGGAGUUCUGGAAUCGCAGCGCGAAGUUACCAUGGUAACGUUUACUCGAAGGGCUGCCGAAGAGCUGAACCAGAUGGCGGUCGAAAUCCAAUUUGCAGACCAUGAGCCACUACGCAUCGUCCCGACUGACCCAGAUGCCAACAUGGACAACAAGCUUCGCGGUGAGCACGUCAAGUAUGAAUGCUCUUACACCGCCUUGCACAUCGGCAUGAAGCUGAUGUUGACUCGCAAUGUAAAUAAGGAAGGCGACCACGUGAAUGGCAUGUUUUGCCAUCUGGAAGCUGUCGGCCGACAUGGCAUCAGGGUCAGGACGGCCACGAAUAGGUUAUCCUAUUCUUAA